GUCGUCGGACUGUCUGGGCGAGCAGCCAGACGAUCCUUUGUGAUUGUGUUUUAAAUAAGAGAAGACGUGCGCCAGAUCCUUUCAGUAUUUAGCUGAACGUGCAGCUGAUUACAUCUAUAUAUCUCUCUCGCUCGCCCUCUCUAGUCUGUCACUUUGCAAUGCAGUCUCUUUCGGUUAAUCUGGCCAGCGCCAAGGAGCGUCGCCUGCUGAGAACACCCAAGUGCGCGCGCUGUCGCAAUCAUGGCGUCAUCUCCUGUGUCAAGGGUCACAAGAAGCUUUGCCGCUGGCGUGAAUGCUGUUGCCCCAACUGUCAGCUAGUGGUCGAUCGACAGCGUGUAAUGGCCGCCCAGGUAGCGUUAAGACGCCAACAGACUAUGGAGGCUCUGGAGGUUACACAAACAACGUCGCAGCAGCCCGCUGUAGAGCCGGCCAGCGACGAGGAGCAGCAAGUAACACCCACCAAGCCAAGCCAAAUGGCAGCUAAUACGCUGCGCACGCGUCAAGUUUUGAUCGCCCAGAAACGCAUCUACAAGCAGAGGCUGCGCAAUCUGCAGCAGUCCACGCUGCACAUCACAGCCGCAAUGGAAGAAUACAAACAGCGGUUUCCCACGUUCAAUUCGCCGUUACUGGAACGCAUGCGCAAGCGACGUGCGUUCGCUGAUCCGGAACUGAACUAUGCAAUUGAUACAACGCUCCUUGGCAGCUCCGCCUGUGUCGGCAGCGUCGGAGGCGGCUCAGCAGCUCCUUUGUCAACGCCACCAACAGCAAUUGGCAACGCCUUUUAUGAUCUAUUAGGUAAUGCCGCCGCAGCAGCUGCUGUUACGCAACAGAAGCAACAGCAGACAUAUCAAUCACUGCCGCACUUUACGCUUACACCCGCGCCAACGCCCAUCGCCAAGAAACCUAAGCUGAGUUUCUCAAUUGAGUCGAUUAUUGGUAUUAGCACGUAG